AUGGUAACUUUCGCAGCUGAAUCUGGCACAGUUAAUUUACCAUUACUUCAUGUUGAAUACCGUCUCGUGCCCGAGCACCCAUUGCCAGCUGCUGUUGAGGACGUAAUGGCUGUAUACAAUGCUCUUCUGACGCAAGAUUCAUCAGUUAAUAAGCGUAUUAUUGGCAUGGGUGAUUCAGCUGGCGGUGGCUUACUGUUGCUGACAUUACAGGCUAUUAUCAGUAAACAUCUGCCGAUUCCACUUGCUGCGGUACCCAUUUCACCGUGGACAGAUCUGUCGUAUUCGGGCGAUAGUUAUACACGCAACAGAGACCUUGAUGUUAUGGUGAAGUACGAUAGCUUUCAAUGGGGUGUUGAACUGGUACUAGGCGGCUCAGCUCUAAUCAAAUCAAAAAAUAUUCAGCCGAAUGACCCAAUAUAUAGUCCACUGUUUGGUUCAUUCAAGAAAUUCCCCCCGAUGUACAUCGUCGUUGGAACAGCUGAAUUGCUGGAAUCAGAUGCAAGGAGUGUUUAUGAAAAGGCCAAAGCGGAGAAAGUCGAAGUAACAUUGGAAGCUGGUGAACACAUGAUGCACGUCUACCCGAUGUUCGGUUUAUAUUAUCCCGAAGCAACACAAGCAAUGAACAGAAUAAAUACGUGGCUUAACGAACAAUUUAAAUCGUAA